ACAUAGUUUAGUCUGUUUCAGAUCUUCAAAUUGAAGGCAACCUUUGCAUAACCUAACCCAAAAACAAGGAUUCACUAUGCAAAAAACUCUGUUGAUAUUCCUUGGCAUCUUGGCUGUGGGCUGGACCGCCAGCCUGGGUGCAACCGGCGACGAGCCACUUGUGUGCCAGUUCGAGGACGAGCUGUGGGGCGGCGAGGAUAUACGCAAAUUCUACUUCUGCAUCAAUGGCCAAGUAAUCGAGGACACGUGCGACACGGACUAUUACUUUGUGAACAAUUCCACCUUCUCGGGCUGCCUGCCCUCGAAUCUGAUGAAUCCGCAGUGCGUCAACCUGGACGCCGUCGAGCCCGACUGCGAGGGCCUCGCCAGCCAGCAGCCGCAGCCCAGCGCUUCGCUGAACAAGUUCUACCUGUGCACCAACGAAGGCGCCAAGGAGCUAUCCUGCGAGCAGGGCAAGGCCUUUGUCAACCAGGAUGGCUACCUCGGCUGCUUCGCCUGGACACAGUGGCGCAUGCUGCGCCACUGCACCGAUGAUCCGUAAGGAGGCCUAGCAGCAGCUCUACAUAUCUUCUAAUUUGGGAUUCUUCCAAGACCAUCGCUUAUCGCUUAUCGCUGUCCGAACUGAGUGUUUGUUUUACUUUAAAAUGAUUGCAAAAUAAUUGAUAUAUGAGCGGCAUCCGAUAUGAUAAGCGCGACAUGGA